AUGGUAGAGACCUCAGAAAGCCGGAUGUCUGAUCAGAAUACGACCCGUGGUCGACAGCUGAAUUACGCGAAUGAAAGUCUCUGGGAAAAGCGGCGGGAAGAAAGAGGCUUUGAGGGUUACAACCCGCUUCCGGUUAAGAUUAAUGGAUCGCUUACUCUAGAGCAAAUGACCGCAUACCAGACAAUGUUUCGAAUUCAGGAAAUAACUGCCACACUGCGUUCCAAUAAUUUUGAACCUCCAAGUAGGAGAAAUAGAUCGCCUUCGCCACCGCCAGCUUACGAUGCUAGAGGCAAGAGGAUUAACACCCGUGAACAACGUUACAAGAGGAAGUUAGAGGAGGAGAGACACAGGUUGGUCGAAAUAGCACUUAAAAUGAUACCGCACUUUGUGGCUCCGGAAGGGUACAAGAGACCAGUCAAAUUUCAGGACAAGUAUUACAUACCGACUGAGGCGUACCCUGAAAUAAACUUUGUAGGCUUGCUGUUGGGGCCUCGUGGCAACACCCUCAAGAAACUGCAAGAGGAAUCGGGUUGCAAGAUCGCCAUCAGAGGUCGCGGAUCUGUGAAGGAGGGAAAAAACGCGAACGAUCUCCCAAGAGGCGCAAUGAACUUCUCUGACCCGUUGCACUGUCUCAUUAUAGCAGACUCCGAGGAUAAAAUUCAAAGAGGCAUCAAAGGGUGUGAAAGCAUCAUUUGCAAAGCUGUUACAUCGCCUGAGGGACAGAACGACUUAAAGAGGGGACAAUUGAGAGAACUCGCGGAGUUGAAUGGUACUUUAAGAGAAGAUAACAGGCCCUGCCCCAUCUGUGGACUACAGGGACACAAGAGAUAUGAAUGUCCUAACAAAGAAACCUUUGCACAGAAAAUUACUUGCAGAAGAUGUGGACAGCAUGGCCAUGCCACGAUAGAUUGCAUAAUGACGGUACAGCCUCAGCCGGUUCAGGAGUCAAGAUAUGGCGGAUACCCUGGCAAUCCGAGAUAUGCUGCGGCCUGGCAAGAGCAGGGUCUUCGAAACGACUACCAGCAGCAGGUUGGCGUCAGCAGUUACCGAUCGCGUCAAGCUCGUGGAACUCACGAGCCGGAGACGGCGUACAGUGCUCCUCAUACCACACAGAAGUCUUACGAUUAUCCAAUGGAGAAAGUGGAUUCCGUUUUGAGCCCACCGGGACUGAACACAACUGAAUCAGCAGGGGUUGAUUGGGGAAUUCCAGGCAUGUCGUCGUCCUCGCUGCCUGCGGCUUCAUCUGACAAGUCUGACAUUGGGCGGAUGCCACCUGGGAUGGACGCCUCGCCUUCCGGCGGACUUCCUGGGCUAGAAUCGCUACCGACCGUUCCGGGAUUGAGUGGUCCUCCUGGACUUCCAGGCUUUGGGGGAAAUGAAGCUGGAUCUCGGCUUAACAAUGGCAUAGAAGGACCCCCAGGGUUGUGA